AACCCAAUAACGUUCGAUCUUGGAGUGUUUAUACUCGAGGGGGCGGUGCUUGAGUCCCGUGAGUUUCUUCGAGGCGCUGUGGCGUUUGUUAGGCGAAGUGUCAAGCGCACGUAAGCCUCUUUAAAUCGUCAGCAAACCCUUCAGACUUGCACGAUGAACAGCGUUAUUAGAUCGGCAGCUCGUUGUCUUCGAGCGAGCGCGUGGCAGUACAGACCAGCGCAGAAUAACGGAGAGCUGCUGUCCGGUCGGGCCCGCCUCAUGUGCUCCUCCUCAGCGGUGCUGAAGACUCUGGAGGAGAUCGUGAAGAAGGACAAAGUGGUGGUCUUCAUGAAAGGCACCCCGGCACAGCCUAUGUGCGGCUUCAGCAACGCCGUGGUCCAGAUCCUCAGGAUGCAUGGGGUCGACGGCUAUGCUUCUUACAACGUGCUGGACGACCAGGAUAUCAGACAAGGAAUAAAGACUUUAUCCAACUGGCCGACGAUUCCUCAGGUGUUCUUCAACGGAGAGUUUGUUGGCGGCUGCGACAUUCUUCUUCAGAUGCAUCAGAGCGGAGAUCUGGUAGAGGAACUUCAGAAGCUGGGGAUCAGAUCGGCUCUCCUGGAUCAGGAGAAGGAGUCCAAGUAGGAGACUUCGGGAUGACUGUCCAUCGGGAACCCCCCGAAGGUCGACUCGCGAAGAGUGACUUGACCUGCUGAAGACCAAACUGUCCUCGGAUGACUGAAGGAAGUGAUGUCGAUCCUCCCAGAUUCUGAAAAAUCACUGUAAAACACUUGACUUAGAGUCGCCGUAUUACACAUGAUGACAUUUAUAUUGCAGUACGCUCGUCUCCGUUUCAGAUACUCCAAUGUUAGACCGCUGCAUAUUUAAAAUGUUGUAUUUUCAGAUAUAUUAUAAAAUGUAUUUUAGGUGUAUAUCGUUUUUUGUUUGUCAAUAAAAUAUUUUGAAGCACC